AUGAGUAAACGAGCUACUGCAUCACCAAAAGAAGCUGAAGAACAACGUGUAGUAGCUCGCAAAAGAAGUGCCGCAAGACGAGCUGCUUACACGCCUGAUGAACUCGAACGUCAGUGCGCAUCUGCUCGUCAGAGAAAGCAGCUUCGAAAAAGUGGCAAGCACCAACAAGAAACGGUGAAAACAAAAGUACAAGAAAGUAACGACUUUGAAUGGCCAAAACCUAUUGAUAUUGAACAAGCAGCUGAAAAUGAAAGAGCAAGUUACAUUCCUGAUCCGUUGAUCAAUACAUCUGAAUUUAACAAUACAACAGUUAUACCUAUAAUCUCAAGUGCUGUGUUAGAUUUCAAUGGUACCAAAGUGUCGUCUGAUGAAGUUGCUGAACAUCUUUUAGAACGAAUUAAAACACAAGCGCCAAAAAAAAACACACGGAAAAGACACCGAGCAAAACUCUAA